AUGGCAGGAAGCAUGGAGUUUGCGGAGGGACUUGUGGGGGAGGCCGAAGAGGAGACAAUUGCAGUAGUCCAGACGGGAGGUGACGAGGCUGUGAACAAGGAUGGCGAUGGUGUGGGGGGUGAGGGAGGGGCGGAGUCUGACUCCCACCACUGUGUUCUGGCCAAGAAGGGCUUCUCAUCGGGGCGUUUCUACUUCCAGGUGGAGGUGAGGGGUCAGACGGGAUGGGAGGUGGGGGUGGUCAGAGAGUCCAUCCAGAGGAAGGGUCCCUGGAUCUACCUCCGCCCCGAGCAGGGUGUCUGGACCCUGGGUCUCUACCAUGGGCAGUACCAGGCCAACGCCAGCCCUCCAGCGCCCUUCCUUCUGGGGCAGCAACCGCAGAAGGUGGGGGUGUCUGUGGACUACGAAGGGGGCUGCGUCUCCUUCUACGACGUGGACUCCAGGACCCUGAUGUACUGCUUCAGCGGCUGCUGCUUCAACGCCUCACGGUUCAGCAAGCUCCCCUACUACUACUACAACAGAACCAACAUCCUCCCCUUCUUCCGGCCCAGUGACAGACCUGGCGAUGGGGCUCUGACCAUCAGUCCCGUCCACCAGCGCUGAGGUUAAGGUGUGUGAGAAGCACAGGGUAGAGGGGACCGUCAACCCCCUGCCCACCGGGUCCCAGCCCCACGGUGUGGGUCGUACAGGACUUCUCCUCCAGGGCAUCAGGGGCUGCUGGCUGUUGGGGAGCCCAGAUCAACACAACCUUUACCUCUCCCACCUUUAAAGGAGAAGGGGUUUGGUUCAUACUCAAACAAGCACAGAAACUUGCCCAAUUAC